AUGGGCGAGGACACGGACACGCGGAAAAUUAACCACAGCUUCCUGCGGGACCACAGCUAUGUGACUGAAGCCGAUAUCAUCUCUACUGUUGAGUUCAACCAUACCGGAGAGCUGCUGGCCACAGGCGACAAGGGUGGCCGGGUUGUCAUCUUCCAGCGGGAACCGGAGAGUAAAAAUGCGCCUCACAGCCAAGGCGAGUAUGACGUCUACAGCACCUUCCAGAGCCAUGAGCCUGAGUUCGAUUAUCUCAAGAGUCUGGAGAUAGAGGAGAAAAUCAACAAGAUCAAGUGGCUUCCGCAGCACAAUGCCGCCCACUCCCUGCUGUCCACCAACGAUAAAACUAUCAAACUAUGGAAGAUCACGGAACGAGAUAAAAGGCCCGAGGGAUAUAACCUGAAAGAUGAAGAAGGGAAGCUUAAGGACUUGUCCACGGUGACGUCACUGCAGGUGCCUGUGCUGAAGCCCAUGGAUCUGAUGGUGGAGGUGAGCCCACGGAGGGUCUUCGCCAACGGCCACACCUACCACAUCAACUCCAUCUCCGUCAACAGCGACUGCGAGACGUACAUGUCGGCGGACGACCUGCGCAUCAACCUCUGGCACCUGGCUGUCACCGACAGGAGCUUCAACAUCGUGGACAUCAAGCCAGCCAAUAUGGAGGACCUCACGGAAGUGAUCACGGCGUCUGAGUUUCACCCCCACCACUGCAACCUCUUUGUCUACAGCAGCAGCAAGGGCUCCCUGCGUCUCUGCGACAUGCGCGCAGCCGCUCUGUGUGACAAGCACUCCAAACUAUUCGAAGAGCCCGAGGACCCCAGUAACCGCUCCUUCUUCUCCGAGAUCAUCUCCUCUGUGUCGGACGUGAAGUUCAGCCACAGUGGCCGGUACAUGCUCACCCGGGAUUAUCUCACGGUCAAAGUCUGGGACCUGAACAUGGAGGCGAGGCCCAUAGAGACCUACCAGGUCCAUGAUUACCUUCGGAGCAAGCUCUGUUCCUUGUAUGAAAACGACUGCAUCUUUGACAAGUUUGAAUGUGCCUGGAACGGGAGUGACAGUGUCAUCAUGACCGGGGCCUACAACAACUUCUUCCGCAUGUUUGACCGGAACACCAAGCGGGACGUGACCCUGGAGGCAUCGAGGGAGAGCAGCAAGCCCCGGGCUGUGCUCAAGCCACGGCGCGUGUGCGUGGGCGGCAAGCGCAGGCGGGAUGACAUCAGUGUGGACAGCCUGGACUUCACCAAGAAGAUCCUGCACACGGCCUGGCACCCUGCCGAGAACAUCAUCGCCAUCGCGGCCACCAACAACCUGUACAUCUUCCAGGACAAGGUGAACUCCGAGAUGCACUAG